AGACGCUCCACCGGCGUCCGCGACAAUAGGCGCCGCGGCAGCUGCGCUCCACCGGCCCGCGGACCGCCGGUAUUUUUACGCACUCCACUCCGCGCUCUGCCAGCUGGCGGGACCCCUCGCAUAUUCGCCGGCAUUAAUCUCCGCGGAGAAAGAAAUAUUCUAGUUCGCGGCGACCUCUUUACUAUUUCUGCGCCGCCGCUCGGGUUCCGCGUUAUUACAGUAGAAUAUAUUCGGGCAGCUGGCGCGCAGUUGCGGGGACGCGAACGGCGGAGGAGGCGACGGGCGCGCGGCAGCUGUCAGGCCGGCGAUGGACGCGUGCUGAGCCGCGACGCGAAGCGGGAUGCCCGGCCUGCCGCCGCCGCUGCCGCUGCUGCUGCUGCUGGCCGCGGACGCCGCGCUCGGCUCGCCAGCAGGAGCGCCGCAGGUGUACGUGACGCCGGCGGAGGUGACGGCGUCGCUGCCGCGGGCCCUGGCGCCGCCUGCGCUGCCCCUGGCGCUGCUGCAGGUGCGAGCGCUUCCCGCAGGCACGGCCGUGCGCUUCCGCGCCGCCUCCCCACUGCCGCCCUGGAUGCGUCUGGACGCGCUCACCGGCCACAUCUCGCUCGUCGGAGCGCCCGAUUUCUCAUCCACAGGUGAGCCUGGCGUGGAGGUGGUGGUGCAGGCCGUGCAGGAGGGAGCCCGCGGCUCUGUGCGGGACGCGGCCACGCUGCGGCUGCGGCUGCUACCCCAGGAGGACGGCGGCGGCGCCUGCGACCGCCCGCCACAGGAGCGGUGCCUGUGGCGCAGGGCGGUGCUGCGGGUGCGAGAGAACGCGCCGGCCGGCACGCCGCUGGGCGCGCUGGGGCCGCCGCCGUGCCCCGCCAGCGGGCUGCCCGCCCACCACUGCGACGCCGUCGCCGCCCACCUCACCGAGUCGUCCGAGGCGGUGCGGGUGGAGUUUUCUGGCGGCGCGCUGCAGGCGUGGUCCAGCAGGCCGCUGGACCGCGAGAGGCAGCCUUGGCUGCCGCUGGGCGACGCGCGCCACCGCCUCCACGUGGAGGUGCUGGACGCGGACGACAGCCCUCCCGUCAUCAUCAGCGAGGGACACCUCAGCAGGCACGAGCCAACCGGGCUCCUGCGCAAGGGCGAGCCGCUGGGCACGGUGGUGCUGCAGGACGCCGACUCUCCGGCGGCCAACCGCUACCGCUGGCGCUUCCUCAACGACUCGCGCCGCCUGCUGGCCGCCAACUGCUCCGCCGAGGCGGUCGGCGCAGACGGCGACGGCGCCGCGGGCCGCGCCUCGCUCAAGCCCGACGCCGUCAUGACGGUCAUCAGAUGCGGAGUGUUUGCAGCGCGGGAUGCAGAGCUGCCCAGGGACGGCUACGGCGCGCUGCUGCGCCUCAGUGACAUUGGCCUGCAGGGCGGCGGCGGCAGCAACAGCGACAGCGACAGCGCGCACGCGGACGCCGAGGUGCGGCUGAACGUGGCGGGCCCACAGCCGGCGGCGCAGCGCGGUGCGCCUCCCGCCGUCUCCUACCCAGGCGAGGCGACGCUGCUGAGCGGCGCCAUGCCGUACAGCCGCGUGGCGCAGCCGGACCGUAUGGCGGAACUCGACAGAGCCAGCGGACUCGUCUUCCAGCUGGCCGAAGUGUCGCCGCCCGUCCACCCCUUCGCCGUCACUCCAGUCGGCGGGAUCCUCUACCUCAAGGGCCACAAGCAGCUGGAUCCUAAUGUCACUCUCUACAAUGUGACGGUGACGUGGGGGUCCAGGGGCCGCGCCGGCAUCAGGGUGCGCGUGCUGGACGGCGCCUCCGAAGCCUGCCAGGCGGGCAGCAGGAAGCGCCGGCCGUGCGCCAACAUGGAGUCCCUGGCCGACUGCAACGCCUUCUGCGGACUCGGCACGGGCGCGCGAAACGUCACCGUCAACCACGUGCACGAGGGCAGGAACUCUACGGGGCGUCCCGAGGUGGCGCCGCUUGGCGGUUGCGCGUGGCGGGGCGCAAAGGCCAACUUCUCGACGGAGCUGAUCCCCCACUACGCCACCUGCACACCUGAUGUCCACCACUGUCCGGACGGCUUCUGCGACCCGCUGGAGAACAUCUCUGCCCUCUGUCCUCAGGACUGCGUCCGGCGGUCGUUCGCCAGCGGCAUCGGCGGCCAGGGCCGUGGGCUCUACAGCUGCGCCGGCGUGGGCGUGUGCUGGGGCGCGCGCCCCGAGUCCUGCAAGUGCAAGACGGACGCCGGCAGGCCGCAGCAGGCCGGCACCGCGGGGGCGGCCGCCGGCGCCCGCCCCACCGCCGCCCCCACCGACUCCCCCACCACCGCCGCGCCGUCCUCAGAGUCCCCGGUGGCGCUGGUGUCUGCGACCGGCAGCCGCGCCAGCUGCGGCGCCGUCUGCGUGAUGGCCGUCGUGGCGGGCAGCGCCCUGCUGCUGUCCGCCGCCGUCGCCACCCUCUACUGGAGGUACAGGAGGUGCGGCCGGCUGCAGCGUGAGCGCAAACUGGCGGCGGCUGGCGGGACCACGGCCUCCGACUACGUGCAGAGCGCUGCGCAGCACGACGCACGCCUCUUGGCGCACGAGGCGCGCCCGCCGGUGGACCCGCAGUGGGAGUUUCCGCGCUCUCGCCUUCUGCUGGAGAAGACGCUGGGGGAGGGAGAGUUCGGCCGCGUGCUGCGCGCCAGAGCCAUCGACAUCGCUGGCGUCACGGGUGCGACAACAGUGGCAGUGAAAACGCUGAAGGAGGGUGCUGGCUCGAGUGAGCAGCAGGACCUGCUAUCUGAAUACGAACUGCUCAAGACUGUGUCACACCCUCAUGUGGUGCGCCUGCUGGGUGCCUGCACUUCGCCUGGUGGCCCACUCUACCUAAUCAUAGAGUUUGCUGAGCACGGCUCCCUCAGAAAUUAUUUGCGCAGAAGUCGACAUAUUGAGCCAAGUGCAUUACCUGUCACACCAACAACUCCUCAUAAAAUUCUCAGUUUUGCAUGGCAGAUCUGUAAGGGGAUGGCUUAUCUCAGUGAUAUGAAGCUGGUUCACAGAGAUCUUGCAGCAAGAAACAUCCUUGUAGCUGCUGGUGGAAUCUGUAAAGUAUCGGAUUUUGGGCUUACUAGAGAUGUCUAUGAAGACGAUACUUAUUUAAAGAAGAGCAAAGGCAGAGUGCCUGUAAAGUGGAUGGCCUUAGAAUCACUCAUGGAUCAUGUGUACACCAGCAAAUCUGAUGUAUGGAGUUUUGGUGUUGUGCUUUGGGAGCUGGUCACUCUUGGUGCCUCACCUUACCCUGGUGUAGCUGUUCACAAUCUGUUCCACCUUCUGCAAGCUGGCUACCGUAUGGAGUGUCCUGAAAAUUGUUCAACAGCACUGUAUAAAGUGAUGAGACAAUGCUGGCAGGAGGAACCUUCUGAAAGACCAAGUUUCAAGCAACUAACAGCCAUAUUUGAGAGCAUGCUAAAAGACAGUGCUGAGUAUUUGGAUUUAAAUCCCAGUAUUGUACAAAAUCCUGGCUACUUUGGUUCAAGAUCAAACUCUCAAGAGAAAUUAAAUUAUGGUGAUGGUAGUGAUGAUGGUGAUAAUGACAUUGGAUAUGGAAACCUAAACAUUCUACCAACAGACUCUAUAAAUUACCUAAUGUCCACAGCACAAUCAGGCCUGUCUCGAAGACAACAAUUAUGGCACAUAACGGGAGACAAUCAGAAAAUACUGACAAACAAUUCAAGCAAAGAAGAAUGUUUAUCUUUAGUUCCUACAGAACAAAACAGUUACUUGAGUCCAAUACAAGUGCACAGCAGCAAGGGACAAAUGCUAGCAUAUGUCAACAUGACUGACAGUGUAUAUCCGGAACAGCUACAGUCUGGAACAACAAAUAACAUUAUGUUUUGUAGUUCUUCCAGCAGUUGCUCUGCUUCCUGUUCCUCAAAAGUGACACCAUUAUGAGUAUGAAUACAGGAAACAUAAGUUAUUUGACUUUUCAGGGGGUUUUCUCUUGAGGAUCAUGAGAAGCCCUGUGAAACUUUGAACUUAGACUGUGCAAGGCACAGCAUUUAUAUUUAAUAUCUUGAUUUCAAGCACUGAAUUAUAAAUGUUAAACUUAUUUCCUGUUUAGGAAGUUGAGGUAAUUUAAAUUAAAUAAUAAUGUAGCAUACCUUCUUCCUAUGGAAAAAUUUUUUACUGCCUACUUUACAUAUAUGUAGCAUAGACAAAUUUUUAAUAUUCAAGUUUUUAUUUACCUCUUUUUUUUAAAGUCUGAAGUAAUAUUGUUUCAUUUAUUUUUUAUCAUUAGUUAUCUGUGAAAAUUCAAAUAAUGACCAACAACAAGUUAACAGAACCAUAUCUUUGUUACACUAUUAAUUAUAUGUGUUACCACACUUCUUGCAUCAAAAAUUGAAGACCAAAAUCAUUGUUUUGGCAUGAGAAUAUGAACUGAAGUUUAAGCAAAUAACACAUUCAACCUAAGAGAGCUGUAGCAGAAAAUAGUCCACACCAGUAUAUGAGGCUGAACUCAUUCACAGAUAUAAAUUUUAAAUGCACGUGAGGCACUUAAUACACCAUGGAAAAUACCUGACAGAUGGUUAUAUGGAGGCAAAUGCAUCACAGUAAUCAAAUACAGCUUCAUAGUUAUAAUUAUGAAUUAUAUAAACCUUUGUUGCAACAAGAUACCUUGCUGAAUUAUAAAACAGUAAACUGUUUAUUCAAAAAUUUCUAAAUUUCAAUUCUACUCAUUAGUAAAAUAAGCACCAAAUUGAAAACAUAGAUAAAUAUUUCUCUUUCCUAUUAAGCAGCAGCACAGAUAGAUAUCAAUGUACAGUUGCAAAGCUUAGAGUUUUCUAAACAGUUUUUUUCACCCAGAAAAAGAGGGAAAAGCUUGAAGGAAACAACACAGAUAUGGAAUAAAAUAGGGAAUCCACUCAUGAAGUAAAAUUUAAGGAGGAACAUUAGGGCAGAACAAAAGUGAAAUCAGCUAUGAAAUGUAAGAUGCCAGCAGUCUGCCAUUGUUGAUUUUCCCAAAACACACCUUUCACAGGUAAAUACAGUAACAAAAAUUAACAAAUAAGUUCUAAUAUAUAUUAAUGUAAUCUUAUAAACCAAAGCUGUUGGUAAGUUCACACAAAAGAGGUUCCCACAGUCUUGUAUGGGAGUUGUGCUUACAAUAGUGUUGCUGUGCCCCAUCACCUGAAAUCCUGACUCAACAAAAACAUGACUGCUUGUGACAGCUUCUGUCAUACAAAAAUUGUAUGCAUAGUUGCAGAUAACUGCCAUCACAAGAUGACUUUUCUGAUCAUUUUGUGAACUUGGUGGUUUUUGAGGCAAAUGCUACAUAUGUGUUUCUUCAACGUAGAAAUGUCUUACCACUUGUUACUUUUAUAAGGCAUUAUGAAGUAAACAGGAAGAAGAAAUAUCAGUUUACAUAUAUUCCAAUAUUUCAUGUGCAGUAACCAUAAAGACAGUGGUGAUAAAUGAUGUAUUCAACAAACUGCAACAAACAGUCAGCCCAUUGGCAAUAAGAGGGUCAAGAAUUAACAGAAGCCUUGUACUUGUCAUCACAUAAAGCUAGAGAAUAUUUGAUCAAGUAUGAAAGACACUGUCCAUAUCUUAAUAGGUACAUACCUAUUCAAAAUUAAAAUAUGGUCAUAAAUAAUGUUUGUCUACUGACUGCCUCUAACAGUUCAGUGGUUGAAGCAAGGUACUGUAUCAGAUUCCUGGC